CAGAUGCGAUUGUUGUUUUUUUGCACAACGUCAAGUCAUUUUGUUUUGGUACAGAUAAAAACGUAAAUAUUGCGGAAAAAGUGCAAAAUUUGUGUGUUUAGCAAGGUUUUUAGGAUGUCUAGAAGUCACUCACGAAGUCGUUCAAGAAGUCACACAAGAGGGAGAAAGACAUUACAUAGGAGGGACUCUUCAGAUAUUGAUAGAAAAUACAAAGAAAAACCGAGAUCGUCCAGGCGCUCGAGAAGCCGCAGUCCACGUCGUCGGAGUUCAAGGAGCCCCCAUGUACGACGUAGUGUUAGCCAGCGAUAUUCUACUUAUCAUAGAGAAGGUAGUAGCCGCGAACAGAUAAAUGGGGGCAAUCCUCACAGGUCAUACGGAAGAGAUGAUUCAAAGUCCGGAAAGGGCAGAAGUGGAUCUCCAAUGGAUUUCAAAGAGCCUAUGGAGAGGUGGCCAAAUGAUAAAUUUGAGGAAUCCAAUGAUAUUCGAAGUCGCAGUGGUAGGAAUUAUCACAAGUCCAACAAGAAGCCAGUGAUGGAUGAACUAUUUACAACACGGCGCUUCCAGAGAGAGAUAAUUGGCUCAGAAGGGGCAGAAAUUGUGUGGGGAGCAUCGCCAACUCGCUCGGAGACUUACUCUGAUGAAAAUGACGAAAAGCCGGAGAGUGAGACAGCAGGAACAUUUGAUCAUAAGAAGGACAAAAAGAAAUCGAAAUUAAAGGAGAAAAAGCAGAAGAAAAAGAACAAAAAGAAGAAGAGUAAAAAGAAGAAGAAGCGGAAGAAGGUUGAGUCUUCAUCAUCAUCCAAUGAGUCAGAUUCGGAAGAUGAGGAAGUAUGGGUGGAAAAAACAGCCACUAGUAGCAGAGAAAAAGUGUCAAUGGACAAGAAUGAUAGUGACAAAGAAGAAGUUGGACCAGCGAUAAAAUCCAGUUCGUCAUUGACACAGAAAGAUUUUGGUCAUGCUCUGCUGCCUGGUGAAGGAGCUGCGAUGGCUGCCUACAUAGCUGAGGGUAAGAGGAUACCCAGAAGAGGUGAAAUUGGCCUGACAUCCGAGGAAAUAGCGAACUUUGAGUCUGUCGGAUAUGUCAUGAGCGGAAGCAGACAUCGCCGGAUGGAAGCAGUGCGUAUUCGAAAAGAGAAUCAAAUUUAUUCUGCGGAUGAAAAACGUGCUUUGGCAAUGUUUAGCAAGGAGGAAAGGCAGAAGAGAGAGAACAAAAUCCUUUCACAAUUUCGGGAAAUGGUUAAUUCAAAAAUCAAAGGAGAUCAAUAGAUUUUAUUUGGUCUGUUGUAUAUUAUUUAAUCAGUUCAAUUAAUACACAUAAAGCGUGAAUAAGUAUUGUACGAAAAUCACACCAAAAA